AGAAAUAGAACAGCUCAAAGCUCAGCUGAGACGGAUGAGAGAAGAUUGGAUAGAGGAAGAAUGCAAUCGCGUAGAGGCAGAGCUGUCCUUAAAGGAAGCGAGAAGCAAAAUUAAACAACUCAAGCAGGUUAUUGAAACCAUGAAAAACAACUUGGCUGAGAAAGAUGAAAAAAUUAAGAAACACUUCACAGACAUAAAUAUUCAAAACAAGAAACUGGAAUCUUUGCUGCAGAGCAUGGCUGAGAACUGCUCUGUGAGAGAGGAGCAGUGCCUGGAGUACAGGAGUGAUGCAGAGUGGAUGCCAUGCGCCACGGUGCCAGACAGUCUUCUCACAGAGAACCAAGCUCAGGAGGAGCUGGCAGAUAGUGGGCUGCUUCUUAUUGAGGAUACAGCUAACGGGACUGAUCCAGCUGAAGAAUGUUUGACCACCACCGCCUCUGAGUUGAGUGAUCCUGCUCCCUCCGGUUCUGCUGUGCAUGAAGAGGUGCUUGAGAAUGUCCUCUAUGAAGCACUAACUUCUUUCCAAGACAAGGAGAGAAGCAGGAGCGUGAUGGUGGAACAGGCCAUCCAGACUGACGUGGUGCCGUAUAGCCUAGAUGUGAAACAGCUCAUUCAAAACAUCUUCAAAGCUCAAGAUGCCUGUCCUCUAAGCCCACCUUCUUCACUGAAGGAACUGGGUGAAUUUUCUCUUGGAAGCUGCAGUGAUUCUGGUAUCAUUGUGGACUUAACUCCAAGUGAUCCAAACUCUGCCAUCCUUUUGUCUCCUGUGGAGUCUCCAUGCAGGAAGGUGGUGCACGGAGUUAAUGAAAACCGUUUCAUGAAAGAACUUGAUUUUAUAGAAGCUAAUGAGGAUGAAGACCUUGGGUCUGUCAGUAAUUCCUCUCAGACAGGAACCAAAAGGAGUUACUGGAGCAGCAGCCUCUUCAGAGAUGUUCUGGCUGUAGCAGCACCUGUUGUACCAACAAUCAUGUGGGCUUUCAGUACCCAGAGAGGAGGAUCAGACCCCAUUUACAAUAUUGGAGCAUUGCUUCGUGGUUGCUGCCUGGUGGCCCUGCACUCCUUACGCCGUACACCCUUCAGUAUCAAAACCUAAAGUCCCCUUUGUCCCUGGUCACCACGUGGCUGACAGAGAGAAAGAGGGAUGAGACAGAUCAUAAAAACUUAGUGUAUAUUCUGGCAGAGUCCAUAAUUUUGCUUUAGACGAUUUGAUUUGCACUAUAAAUAGGUUCAAAAACAUGUUCAUUGCUUCAAAAUGAAAAA